CAAUUUAUUGGUGCUUGCUUUUGUGAUUUGCAGGUCCUGUCGUCAUCUGGAGUAAAAAUCUGACUUGAGCAAUGCAACGCUCAGAGAGAAGUACUAGAUCAUCCAGGAGAGAUGUUGCAGGAAUCUCUUUAGAGAAGACAGCUAUGGGUCCACCGGGUCCCCAAAAUGACACUGGUCAGUUCCUCUGCAUUGAAUGUAAUGAAACCUUCGAUACCAAACUCCAGUUGAACUCUCACCGGCAAAGCCAUGUGACAAAGAAACCAUUUGUGUGUUCUCACUGUGGACGAGGGUUCCACCAUCAAGUCUUCUUGCAGAUGCAUGAGAGAAGUCAUGAGAAUGGAGCUCCACAGAGCCAAACAUUUCUUUCCAAGACAAGUCCUUCUCGUAUGAUAUCAACACGAAGUUCUAAAGCUGUAACCCCUGUGGUAGCAGAUAAGGUGCUUAUAAAAGCCACACCGACAAAGCACAGCCCAUUGGUCAACUCCAUGUUCCAAUUCAGAAGAGAAAAGAUAGCUCACCCAAUGAUAACGCCUGUAGAAUGUGUCACCAGACUCACCCAUGGCAGAGCUCCACAACCUUACCAGCAGAAUGAUGACCAAGAAAAGAAAAAUCCGUUUGGAUUCCGAAUCCUAAAUUAUUCUGACACUACAGUUCACGUUAUAGACACGUUUGGAAACUCAAUAGAGUUGUUGACCGAGGUAUUUAAUAGGUAUGCUAGUACUGAGGUUGCAGAAGAUAAUUCUGCUGAAAAUCUUGUACAUUCUAAUCGUAGCGUGGAGCAAAUCGGGACAUUUCAAAAGGACUCUGCUCAGCUAAACACCGCAAAUCCGUGUCACGAAGAAACAAGUAAAAAUGUAUUACAUGAUUCUGUUGGUUUUUCAGGAUCUUUACCCUUGGCAAAAGCCAUGACCACACAGGAUGGCCCAGCUGUUAAGAAAGAUCAGACCAGUCUGUUCCAAAAUGGUGAUUCUGAAAAUAAUGCAUCUAGUAAACCAUGCCAACUCCUCCAAAACAAUGGCAGAUCUCCCAUAGAUCCAAUGGACUCUCCCAGCAAACCAUUUAAAUCUACAGUGAGUGACACCACUCUGUCUGAGUCAGUGCCAUCUAAUGAUUUAGGAGGUGACACUGUUUGUGAUGAAGAUAGUGGGGAGUUGCAGGACAUUAUACACCCAUUACUCUCGCCUGGUGACCAAAUGGAGACUGUUGAGACAAAACAAAACGUGAGCUCCUCUACCACAGUCACACAGCUAUCUGAAGCUGUAGCCACACACAGCCUAUCAGACAAUUUACAGAAUACAGAAAACGCUACAAACGAGUCCAAUGAAAAUACUGAUAAUCAGUUAACAGAUAACCUCACAGGUGUUACAAUAAAUGCAUCGCAAGGACAGAUCCUAAAUAAAAGCACUGAGGUCCACGGUGUGUCUCCAGGCAGUGAUGUGGUCUCGAAGGCGUCAGUUUCUCCAUACAGGAAUCAAGGCACUCCCCCAGCAUACCAAGAAGAUAGUCUCCUCAUAGCUGUUCAUAAUAGCUUCCUAGAUCCAAAUGUGCAGCUUCUGAGCAAAGAAAACAUCUCUCCUAUGGUAGAACAAGACAAAGCACCUGAGGAAGCUGACCAAAGCAUACUGGACUUAAGUUUAUUGGGAGACAAAUCAAAUAUAUUGAUGGAUGAAAUCCACAUGGCUAAUGUCAGUAAGGCUGAGCAGGGAGCCCCAUCUGAAAGUCCUUUCCCCAGUGGUCCCUGUUCAAGAGAAGAACCUGAGUACACUGACAGCAGCCACUCCUUAACACUCAAUGAUCCUAUGUCAGCAGUUAUAGAAGUGUGUAAACAAGAAACUGUAAAGGCUCCUGCAACAGUCAAAUCAAAUGAGUUGGUUUCUAGCGAAAGUGAAGACGAUACUGCCUUACUACUGCAAAAUGCAGAGAAAAGAUCUAUUGAACCGGACAUAGAUAUGGUUACAGAUUUGGAAGAUAUGCAAAGUGAGGACAAAGUAUCUGAGAAAAAUAAAGCUGAUGAAGGUGAGCCUGCUCCUAACUUACAACAGACAGAUCCAGGAGUGGGUGAAAAUGUCUCCUGCAUGAAGAAACCAGAAGUAGAUCUUAUGAAAGACAUUUAUAGCUUAAGAUUACCAGAAAUAAGUGACUAUAAACCUAGUGACUUACUGGACCAAGAGACUUGUUCUUUAAUUACUCCUGCAUGUGAACAAAGUAUUAAUGAAUCCAAAUUAGAAAGUGGGAACCACAACCCAGGUAAUGAAAUCCUAAUGCAAAGCAGUGGGUUAUUAAAUUGGGAUAACACAUACUGCCAUGUUGACACCCACAUGGAACAGGCUACAGAGCUGCAAAAAGAUGAAAGCAUUUCAGAUCAAGAACCAAACACCUUAAUUGAAAAGGGUGUCGUCAAAGAAAAUGUCGAUGGUGAUCACAUACCGACGGAUCAAGAAUCUAUUGUUUUGCUAAUGUGUGACUUCGCCACUAACAAAGUUACAUCAGAUAUCAGCUUUUCAGUGGAAGACAAUCUGUCUAAGAAAAGUUGCAAAAGCCACUUAGAUCCUGGAAGGACUGAAAUCGAGCUCAUGCAUCAGUCUAGACAAACAGACAUCACCGGUUUUACAGAGCUUGAUCCACAAAUCAAUACAGAUAACGUUACAAAGGAAUUCCUUCAAGAACCAGGUCAAAUCUCCGUCCCCGUCUGUAGCCUAGAACUGAUGGUGCCAGGAAAGGACAAAUCAAAUCAGGAAGUGGUGAACCAUCAAAACAAUGAGAAGGAUUCUUGCGUUGUUUCAUUGAGCGAAGACUGCUCAGGCACUGAAUCUGCUUUGUUAAAGUCAGACGUUGACCACUCUGCUCACUUGGUGAUCCUAGAAGAAGACCAGACUAGCAGCUCCAGCAAAGGACAAAGAGAGGAUAGUUUUAAUCCACUUUUAAUUGUGGAGCAGGAAAUAUUUAAAAAAAAUACUCUGCCAGUAGGAGACAAAGAGCCAGUUAUUGCAAGUGAGGGACCAUUGACUAUAGCAUCUCCAAACCAUGAAGAGUGCAGUCUAGAAGCUGCUCCAGAUAAUCCUAUAGUAGUUACUAAGGCAGAGGCUGACCUCUUAGACACUGUAACUGUACACAGCAAUGAUCCAGAAGAGGACGUUGGCAGUAAGGACACCUUUCCUGUACAAAGCCAAGACUUGAGCCAAUAUCCACAUAUACCUGCUACGGAAAGCGGUGAAAACCACAAACCCACUGAGAUUUCUGAUCAUGCAACUCUGGACAGAAAUGUAGCAGCAGAGGAAAGUACUUGUAGCCAAUCCAACAGAGAAUUAGAAAGCUUAUCCGUGAGUGAUAAUCAGGAAAUGGAAGAUGAAACCGCUACUUCAAACAUUCAAGUCCUCGACGCUGCCUCAAAAGUAGAGGUUUUGCCAUGUGAACGACUAAUGGACAAUACAUUAGUUGUUGGUCCAGACAAAACUGCAGCUAUGACUGAAAGUGUCUGUCCGUUCUUAGAUCAGCAGAAUACAAAGCUGGACAUAUUGCAGGAACAGUUGUCCUCCCCAAACUCUAAAUCUGCUCAGGCCUCUCCUGAGCCACCUCAAAAGCUAUUGAGUUUAGGAUCCCAGUGCCUGAUGUGUGGGCAGAAACUAAGAAGCUAUAGGGGAGAGAUUUCUUCCCCAGUUUGUCGCAAGUGCCGCCAAAGUAAGAAAAAGGAAGAGAAUUUAUUGGAGGAAAAAGCUAAUCUCGAGCUGCCACCACAGACUCAAAGUAACGCAGAAGAAAACGUUUUGAAUUUAGAUUCACUUUGCCAAAUAAAGGAAGAGGUUAUUAAAGAGGAGAAUGCAGAUAGCAUUUUAAAGCAUUCAGAGCCAAACCAGGUUAAGACAGAGGUGGAGACUACUACAAAAAAACUGUAUAAAUGUCACAAGUGUGAGAAAGCUUUUGUGCUUCCUGCACUCCUUGCGGGGCAUGUGAAAUGUCACUCGCUGCCCAGGUGUCUGACGUGUGGACGUCCAAUGAGGCUCCGGUAUAAAGUGAGGCGUGUACCCAGGAAUUGCCGUGUGUGUGCUCAGAAAAUUAGGAACAAAAAAAAGGAAAGUUUUACAUUGAAUGAGAGUGCAGAGGAGGAAGAUAAAUCAGACCGCGAGUGUCUGCCUGUCUCCCAUGCAAGCCUUGACCUAGAAUGUCCUGGAAAUAUUCAACAAGGUGUCCAAAAAUUAAAGUCUGCAUCAUCGAAUGUGAUGAAAUCGAAGCUUUCCACUGCAAAACUUCACCAGACACGUCAUUUGGUUAAGAAACAAGCCAGUCUGGCAGCUGAUAGCAACCUGGAAAUGGAUGGGACACCAAAAGACCCAAAUGACAUCCGUAAAGACACUUCUCCCAAGCCAUACAAAUGUUUGCAGUGUAGCAUGGCAUUUAAACGCCCAAUUUAUCUUGCAAAGCAUGUAAGAAAACAUAUCGUAUCACCCAUGCAAACCCCUUUUACAGGUUUGAAGGACUCUCCCUGUGAUAGUGACGAUGGCUCAGACCAGAAAAGCCAGAGUGAACACCAAAUACAUAGUAAUAAUCAAAAUAAACGUCAAAAGCGAGUAUUUGCCAAACACCGCAUGGAGCGCAGGCAACUGUCUGCUAAAAAGCUGAAGAUGUGUCCGCAAAGUCUUCCAUUUACAGAGCCGGUGAAGUUAUCUACUGAGGAUAGUUCUGCUGGCACCUCCCAGAUCCUAAAGCAGGAAGAUGAUACCAGGAAUAUGCAUCUAACUAGCAGUAUGCUAGCCAAGGAGGAGAUUAGUGAAGCUCCAAUUUCUCACCAAAACUCAUGCAAAGAUGAGGAUGUGUUGAGUGAUUCCAGUGUAAACUCAUCAGAGACCUCAACAUCUUGCGAAAAGCUGCACGUCUGCCAACACUGCGGAAAACGGUUUCAGCUAUACAGGUCUCUCCAUCUGCAUGUGCUAAUUCACUCUGCCGUUCAGUGCGAAUCUUGUGGCUGUAGAUUACGCUUCAGAAAACGGGCUGGGCGGCGUGCUAAGAAAUGUCGACUGUGCAGACUGCAAGAAAAGGAGCAAGCCAUGGAAAUCCUGCUUCCUGUGCCCAAAAGAAAAUCCCUUUCACUUGGUAAAGUCCGGGCAUCUGCUAUUUUGCCACCAAGUAAGAAACCCACGAUUCUGAAAAGUAUUAAAGGACAGUCAUUGGCUGAGCUCAAACAGAUGUCCAAAGGGAUGAAACGUCUGCUUGCAAAGGGACUUAUUAAAAACCCUAGAAAACAGAAGGCUAACUUGAUGGCACUUCACAAACUUGCAGGAAGAAAGAAGAAAGUGAGUGAUCUGAUGGAAUGCGAACAGCCUGAUCCUCUAUUGGGUCUUAACUGCCAGGAGACCAGUCAUGCCAUAAAACUAGAAGAUGCAAGUUUCAGUGAUACCACCGAAAAGGUAUUGUUUGUGUCCACGAUGAAGAUGAAGAAAACAAAGGGUGCAGUCCAAAAUAAGAAAGAAAUUAACACUGCGGAAACCACAGUACAAGUUGUUGAUCACACUUCCCUCAUGCCACUUAUAGAUGAAAAAACUUACCAAUGCCCAGUAUGUGCUCAGAAUUUCACAAAGCAGGACCUUCUGUUCACUCACUUGCAGAGUCACCCAGAGGAGCUCCCAUUCACCUGUCCACAGUGUCCCCAUCGCUUCCAUAAAAAGCAGGAUUUGAAAACUCAUCGCCUUACACAUGUUAAGGCACGACCCUACAGCUGCCCAGACUGUAAUAAGUGUUUCACUCAGAUUAACCAUCUUAACAUGCACCGUCGUGUGCACAUGGGUAUUCGGCCUUACUCGUGUCCUGACUGUCCUAGCAGUUUCCGUCACAAGGUCAGCUUGCUUGUUCACCGCUGCAGUCAUGCAAAGGUACUUCCCAUUGAGCUGAAGCCAUACCAGUGUAUCUACUGCACAAAGCGUUUCUUGAGAAGUGAUCACCUUGAAAUACACCAGCGCAUCCACACUGGGGAGUGUCCCUUUCAGUGCCAGGACUGUGACAAAACCUUCCCUAGCAAGGCCAGACUUAGUGUUCACAGUAGGGUCCAUUCUGGGGUCCGUCCUCACACCUGCCCCACAUGUGAGCGAAGUUUCAUCCACAAGGCAAACCUAGAACGCCACCUACAGAAGCACACCGGCGAGCCUGCAUUUUCCUGCCUUAAGUGUGAUGUUCGGUUCCCCAGUCUGGUUAUGCUGGCUCAGCACAAGCAUACUCAUAGAGAAGAGGAAGUAUUCUCGUGUGUACAUUGUGCAAAACGCUUCCUGUACAAGAAAAGUCUCUUCAAACACCAGAAUGUUUGUCAGAGCAUAAAGAAAGUAAAACUUCGUGAUGGUCAAGCAAGUGGUGUAAAAAGAAAGAGACGCUUGAAAGAGUUGCAGGGCACAGCUGAGCUAGGAAUCAAGAAGAAGAAACCAAAACUGCUAAAGAAAAAUCUAACUGGAGCAAAACGAGAAAAACUGGACAAACAUAUGAAGAUAAAGAAAAUUAAGAAAGAGAAGGUUACAACAGAGGAAGAGCAAGAAACACCACAAGAAAAUCAGCAAAUAGAGGAAGGUGGUACAGACAAAGGAAAGAAGAAACAGUCUGAGGGAAAACCCAUCAAAGUAAAAAAAAUCAAGAAAAAAACUAUGACUGAAGAGGCUCUAGAGCAAACACCAAAAGAAAGUUUACCAGAGGGUGAAGGUCCAUCCGAAAAAGGAAAGAAGAAACAGGUGGAAGGAAAACCCAUCAAAGUAAAGAAAAUAAAGAAAGCGAAGAUUACGACCGAAGAAGAGUCAGGACAAGACUCACUAAAAAGUCUAAAAACUGAAGAUCGUGGAACCACCAAAGGAAAGAAAAAACAGAUGAUGGAAAAAGCCAUCAAAGUAAAGAAAAUAACAAAGAAGGAUCCAGUAGAGGAAGAGCAAGAACAAGACCCACCAAAGGAAAGUCUAAAAUCUAGUGAUAAUGGAACUGAUAAAGUAAAGAAGAAACAAACUGAUGGUAAGCCCCAAAAAACAGUACAUGGAAAGCAAGACAAAAUCACUGGUAUUGUCAAAGUAAAGAAGGAGAAAGCACAAAAAGUAGGGGGGAAACUAAAACUGCGAAAGGAAGAGGGAGCAAAGUCUAAAGACAAACAAAAUGAAGGCGCAAAACAGGCUGAGGAAAAGUCUAAGAAGAAAAGCAAAUUGGGAGUAAAGAGAGGUCCCUACAAGAAAAAAAUAAAGAUCACUGCUCUAGGUGAAAAGAAGAAAAUAGUGCAAGUGAAGGUAAAGGGUGUUCAGGUUAAACUUAAGCCUGGGCCCAAAAAAAAGCAGCUGCUGAAAGAGAAGAAAGAAAAGGGGUAAAUGUGAUGGCAGGGAAUAGACUGGGAUGUGCAUUGGCUUUCUAGAGUUAAAACCCAGAAUUUUAGAACUUUUCCAAGCCUUGCCACAUUGACUCUACUUUUUGUAGACUCUCAACACUAUGUUUUUUCUCAGUCUCACCAUCUUGGCUCAUAUAUACCACUUCCCUAUCUCUCCUUACUCCGUUUUUUUACCAUCUCACAGAUCUUCUGAGAUUGUUGCCUUGCUGUUCCUUUCUUCCCUUUUCUCCUCCCUUCUCAGACUGUUUCCAUCCAGCAGACCAUCCAGACAUUUUUUUUUUACAUUUUUUUUUCUCGCACUAUAAUCUCAAACUAUCCUACUGCCCUUUUCCCAUCCGUCUUGUAUUCUCUCCACCUCAGUGACCUGGACUUCUUUUGGUCCAUGUACCAUCUCACUUGCUGCUUUACCCCUUUUCUCUCAAGUUAUAUAUUUUGUUACUUAUAUGCCAUGCAUUUUGAUUUAAUAAACAGUUUUUAAGUAAA